UCCUGUGUGGUGUGGGGACGCGAUUUGUGAUAUCUGUUCGACGACAAAGCAAGACAUGGUCACAAUGGCAGACCCAAAUAUCUCAUACCUUUUGACUCUGGAGGACUUUGGUGAAUACUUCAACUACACUGACUUCAACACAACUUAUGAGCUUGAUGAAAACACCCUAAUCUGUGAUACUUCCCCCAUUUCCUCUGGUGUGACAGUCGUCUUAUGUGCCUUAUAUGUCCUCAUCUUGCUCUUGGCCAUUCCUGGGAACCUGGUGGUGGGGCUGGUGAUCGCCUCCAGCAAGCAGCCACUGUCUCCUUCUGACUUAUACCUCCUCCACCUGGCUGUGGCCGACUUCCUGUUGGCUCUCACCCUCCCUUUCUGGGCAGCUUCUGUCACAGUAGGCUGGGUGUUUGGUGACGUCAUGUGCAAACUAGUUAGUAUCUUCCAGGAGGUCAGCUUCUAUGCCAGCAUCCUGUUUUUGACCUGCAUCAGCGUGGACCGUUACCUGGUGAUCGUGCGAGCCAUGGAGGCGUCCAAGGCUGCUCGUCGCCGAGAGGUCAGCUGGGGCACCUGUGCCACUGUCUGGCUCGUGGGUGGCCUGCUGUCCCUGCCAGGUCUCUUCAACCACGUCUUCCUCUUACCCGGCACAGAGCGGAUGACAUGCACCGAGAGUUACGACCCAGGCAGCGCUGAGGCUUGGCGGCUGGUCAUACGGGUUCUCGGGCACACGUUAGGGUUUCUACUCCCUUUGACCGUUAUGGUGGUGUGCUAUGGUGUGAUUGUGGCUCGACUCCUGCGGACCCGGGGCGGUUUCCAGAGGAACAGGGCCAUGAGGGUGAUUGUUGCGCUGGUUUUGGCCUUUCUGCUGUGCUGGAUGCCCUACCACCUGGCGGUGAUGGCGGACACCCUAUUCUGGGCAAAAGUGGUGGGGUACGGGUGCCGAGAGAGAAGCGCUGUGGACACCGCCAUGUUCGCCACCCAGAGUCUGGGCCUGCUGCACAGCUGCGUCAACCCGGUUCUGUAUGCCUUUGUCGGGGAGAAGUUUAGGAGGAGGCUGCUCCAGAUGUUCCAGAAAGCGGGUGUGAUGGAGCAGCGAGCGUCGUUGACCAGGGCCAGCAGAUACUUCUCUCAGACCUCGGAGGCCACCUCCACAUUCAUGUGAUCUUAAAAUGUGUGAUUUUACCCCUGAUUAUAAGAAGAAUCAAUGAGUCAUGAUGAGUCAUAAUCAGGUUGUAUCAGUGUUCAUGUUAAAACACUUCAUUUCUCCACUGGUUUAACAACAUGCCUUUUUUAAAAGCUGUUUCCCACAAGUCUUUGUCCAUAAGUGAUUAAAUCCAUUUUCUCAGUCA